GGCCAUGCCUCAGAGAUGUGGAAAAAUGAGCAGGCAGGGGGUUCAAAGUGGCUCUACCAGUGUCCCUGUUCCCUUCCAGGUACCAGGAUCAUCUAUGACCGCAAGUUCCUGAUGGAGUGUCGGAAUUCACCUGUGGCCAAGACACCCCCACGGGACCUGCCCACCAUUCCGGGGGUCACUAGCCCUGUAAGUGACGAGCCCCCCACUGAAGCCAGCCAGAACCACCUGCAGAACAGCCCUGAAGAUAAGCCAGCAGGCGGUGAAGAGUCACAGUUUGAGAUGGACAUUUAAAGGACCAGCCAGCAGAUCGAGCAAUGCCUCUGGGCCUCUCUGGCCCUUCUCCGGAGAAGAGUCACACCGCCAGUUAUCAUCCUGGGCAGGCAUUGGGUGGGGGUCGACCACCCCAGUCCUCUGCUCCCUCAGUCAGGGCACCAGUCCCCCCUUCCUCUUGGUGAACACCAGCAGAUACCUCUUUGUGCCUCCAUUCAUGCAAGAGCUGGCACCCCAAGGGGAGUGACUCUCAAGAGCACACACCCUGCAGCCUGGGGCCAGGAAGUGGACUUGGAGGAGCCCUUCUGAAUGACCAUCGGCUCUCUUCCUCUGAGGGCACACCACCCCUUCCUUAAGUUGGUGUGCUUGGGGAAGUCCCCCUCCCCUACUUCCUCAACAGAGGAAAUAAAAGCCACCUUUGCCCUUGGGCCAAAA